UUUUUGUUGGGUCUGUGGAGGGGAAUCCUCUGCUCUCUCUUCUUUAUUAUUUCCAUGGGAGAGUCAUCAAGUAGAUUCAGGUUAAUGUGGAUUCCUAAUCUCGGUGUUGAUUCCGCUACAUCAUUCAGCUGGCCAAUUCUAAGCGCCAGUGUGUUCGUUGUUGUUGCCAUCGUCCUCCCCAUGUAUCUUAUCUUUGAGCACUUGGCUUCUUAUAAUCAGCCUGAGGAACAGAAAUUUCUUAUUGGGCUUAUUCUGAUGGUCCCUGUUUAUGCCCUGGAAUCGUUUUUGUCUUUGGUGAACUCAGAAGCAGCUUUCAACUGCGAGGUGAUUCGGGAUUGUUAUGAAGCUUUUGCGCUCUACUGCUUUGAGAGAUAUUUGAUAGCUUGCCUAGAUGGAGAAGAACGGACAAUUGAAUUCAUGGAACAGCAGACAAUUAUCACCCAGAGCACUCCUCUUCUUGAAGGCACAUGUUCUUAUGGAGUUGUAGAGCACCCAUUUCCGAUGAACUGCUUCCUAAGAGAUUGGAAUCUUGGUCCUGAGUUUUAUCACGCUGUGAAAAUUGGCAUCGUUCAAUAUAUGAUACUGAAAAUGAUUUGUGCUCUGCUAGCAAUGAUCCUUGAAGCCUUUGGGGUCUAUGGAGAAGGGAAGUUUGCAUGGAAUUAUGGAUAUCCAUACCUGGCUGUAGUGCUCAAUUUCAGUCAAACAUGGGCAUUGUAUUGCCUUGUACAGUUCUAUGGUGUCAUCAAAGAUAAGUUAGCACCCAUUAAACCACUGGCCAAGUUCCUAACGUUUAAGUCCAUUGUGUUCCUCACCUGGUGGCAAGGCAUUAUUGUUGCAUUCCUCUUCUCGAUGGGACUUUUCAAAGGAUCUUUGGCCAAGGAACUGAAAACGCGAAUACAAGAUUACAUCAUCUGUAUUGAGAUGGGUAUUGCUGCUGUGGUUCAUCUAUAUGUGUUUCCAGCAGCGCCUUACAAGCGUGGAGAAAGAUGUGUCCGUAAUGUAGCAGUAAUGUCAGAUUAUGCCUCCUUAGAUACACCUCCUGACCCUGAAGAGGUUAAAGACAGUGAACGAACAACUAGAAUGCGAUAUGGUAGACAUGAUGAGAUGGAGAAACGGUUGAAUUUCCCACAGAGUGUGCGUGAUGUGGUGAUGGGGAGUGGUGAAAUCAUUGUGGAUGACAUGAGGUUCACGGUAUCGCACGUGGUGGAACCGGUGGAAAGAGGAAUAGCGAAAAUAAACAGAACAUUCCAUCAGAUAUCCGAAAACGUGAAAAGGUUUGAGCAGCAGAAGAAAACGACGAAGGAUGAUUCGUAUGUGAUCCCACUGAAUCCAUGGACGAAAGAGUUCUCAGAGGUUGAUGAAAGCCUCCAUGAAGGAGGGAGCGUGAGCGACAGCGGUUUAGGAAGCACAAAGCGUCAUCACCAGUCUAGAGUCUCGGGAUUGUGGACUCGAAUGCGAAGUCUCAUCUUCGUCACCAUCUUAACCAAAGAAGCUAUGAAGCUAACGUGGAACAAGAACCCUAAGAAACGAUCUCGCCUAGCUUUAUCCAACUUCUCGGAUCUUCCUUUCGAGACGGAGGCUCCAGAGACCCAAUCUCAGCACCCAUUUCGCGAAAAUGAAGCUUCCGAUCAAUUGAAGUCGUCGGAGGACGGAGGUAGUCACUCGGGAAAUGAUGGGAAAUUGGAUCCCGAAGCGAAGAAUCUCGCAGAGUCCUUUAGAGGACAAGGAGACAAGCUCGCUGAGGAAGGAAAAUACGAGGAGGCUCUAGGGAAAUGGGAAGCUGCACUUAAUCUUGUGCCUGAAAAUGCAGUCCUGCAUGAACAAAAAGCGCAAGUGUUACUUGAGCUUGGUGAUGCAUGGAAAGCACUCAAGGCUGCAACACGAGCUACUGAGAUUGACCCAUCGUGGCCUGAGGCUUGGACUACUCUUGGAAGAGCACAACUAAAUUUUGGCGAGCCGGACAGUGCUAUCAGGAGUUUUGAAAGUGCAUUAUCGAUCAAUUCGGAUUACAGAGAGGCGAAAGACGAUUUACAAGCUGCAAAACAACUAAUAAAGAAGAGAGAACAACUUCAGGCAUCAGGACAGGACACUGACACUAAACGUUUCGUGGUCAGCGACAAGAAAACAGAGCCAAGCUAAUGAAGCAGAGACUUGUAGUUAGGUUGAGAGAAGAACUUCGUAGCGUACGGUGUAAAUAAUAUAACGACAAAUCAAGAUUGUUCUUCAUCAAGGCAAAGACUUGGCCAUUUGUCUUAGAAGAUACUUCUGAAUCUUCCCAGUAGAAGUCUUUGGAAGCUCCUCCUGGAAAACCACAUUUCUUGGAACCAUAUACUUUGGUAGCUUCGUCUUACAAAACUCCCUUAUAUCUCUCUCAGUGACAAGUCCAUCAUCAUGAUUCUUCAAGCUCACAAACGCACACGGCGUCUCUCCCCACAACUUGUCCGGCUUAGCCACCACGGCUGCUUCCUUAACCGCCGGGUUUGUGUACAGAACCGUCUCGACUUCCGUGCUGCUGAUGUUCUCUCCUCCGCAUAUGAUCACAUCCUUUGAUCUGUCCUUGACUUCCAAGUAACCGUCCGGGUGCAUCACACCAAUGUCUCCGGUGUAGAACCAUCCGUCUUCUCUCAUACUCGCCGCUGUUGCUUCCGGGUCUUUGUAGUAACCCAGCAUGACGGAACCGCCUCUGAAGACAAUCUCUCCCACGGUUACUCCGUCGUGCUUCACGCUCUUCCCGGUUAUCGGGUCUCUCACCUCGGCUUCCGCGAAUACCGCGGUUCUAAUACCUUGCCUUGAUUUCAGUUUUGCUCUCUCGUUUGAUCCCAGACGAUCCCACUCGGUCUUCCACGCGCAUGUGACAACCAGACCACCAGUUUCUGUCAGACCGUAACCGUGGUCCACAUCAAAACCGAGGCUCUCGGCGCUGGAAAUGACUGUUGCCGGCGGAGGAGCUCCGGCUGUCAUAACCUGGACCGGCCGUUGAAGCUGUUUCCGGGCUGGGUGAUUGGUCAACAUGGUGAGAACCGUAGGCGCGGCGCACAUGUGAGUCACGUGAUGCUUGUCGAUCAGCUCGAAAACAGUGGGCGCGUCGACUCUUCGGACGCAGAUGUUUGUGGCCCCCACAGCGGCUGUUCCCCACGUGUAUCCCCAACCGUUGGCGUGGAACAUCGGUAGGGUCCAUAGGUAGACCGGACGGUUAGGCAUAGACCAGUAGAGCAAAGAGUUAACCGUGCUCAUGAAAACCGCUCUGUGGCUAAGCACCACUCCCUUGGGAGACGACGUAGUUCCGGAGGUAUAAUUAAGCACCAUUGGGGCCCACUCGCUUUCGGGACGGACCCACUUGAACCUCUGGUCUCCUCUCUCAAUAAGACCUUCGUACGUGUCGAGAAAGUCCACAUCAGCGGAUGAAGACAACGAUGUGUCGGCAUCAUCGUGGAGGAGGACGAGACGAGGUUUCUCAUUCUUGGGCAAGAACGAAACAGCUUCGAGGACUAGAGAUCUCGAGUGAUGGUCGACGAAAACGAGCUUGGAUUCACUGUGACGGAGAAGAACAGAGAGUGCAUGAGCGUCUAAACGCGGGUUGAUGUUGUUGAGGACUGCACCGGACAUUGGAACCGCGAACUGAAGCUCGUAGACGGAAGGGACGUUGGGACCUAUAACGGACACGACUUGGCCACGGUUGAUUCCGAGGGAGGAGGAAGAGAGAGACGAAGCGAUGCGGAGACAUCGAGAGUGGGUUUCAGACCAAGUAUGGGCAGUGGUUGUGUGGAGGAGGGAAGGAGAAUCGCCGUAAACGGUGGCGGCACGUUCUAGGAAUCCGAGAACAGUGAGAGGAGAUGAGUUUGAAGGAUGUGGGAGUAAAAGUUCCAUAGUUGACUAAAUGUGUGCUUCGUUUUUCUGGUAACGCACUUUUUUAUAAGGCAUUAGUGAAAUAUAUAUACAGUAUAUAUUAUUAGGAUGUGGUUAGUAUGGAUGGGCAGAUCUAAUUUUUUAAAUAGAAAUAUAUAUACAUUACAAAAACUAAAAUUUAUAUACUUUGGUUUACAUUUUUAAUAAUUAUUAUUGUUUUAAUUAUUUGCAGCUAAUCCAUCCAGAUCAAAACUCGAAUAUCUCUAUAAGUAUUGGUAGAUCUGGAUCCAAAUAAUAAUUUUUUUGGAUAUAAUGGAUCUAAAACUACAAAUAGUUAAAAUAGGUGAAACAGAAAUCAUUAUGUUGCAAUAUUAUAUUUGGA